AUGUCAAAUGAUGACCACAAAACGAAGCAAGGUGACCACACAACAGCACAACCCGCAGCAGUAGCAGCAGGCGUGUCACAAUGUCCUGAACUAAACGCAGACUCAUUCGCUCUGGCUAAUAUCUCCAAUGACCAUAGCAUAAUCCGAGGACCUCAAUGCUGGCUUUGUGGCCGUGGAGACUUCGCUGAGGACCUCUUCGUACCUUGCGAGUGUCCGUCAACUGUGGGGCUGAUUCACAAGCAAUGUCUGUUGGACUGGAUAAACACACUAUACAAGGGGCGGUGUCCUAGGUGUGCCAUCAUGUUCAGAGUCAUGACCGAUCACACACCCUGGGUUGAAUGGAGGGCGGACCCUCUACUUCACCAGCGCCGCACCCGCCAUAUAGUGGCGUUAAUUGUUCAUUGUGUGUUCAUGAUAUUCACCCUCCUCGUUAUAUCCCUUCUUCUUCACCCAGUGGAGAGGAACAAGGAGAGGUCAAAGUUUAAAGUGGUGCUGGCUAUCCUCAUGGGACUAGCGUAUCUUGUUUAUUUCUUUUACCAAAUACGGGUGUACAUGAGGGUCUACGAGAGGUUAAAGAUCUUUAAUAACCGAGUCAGGGACGUUAUUGACAUCCAGGAAGCGAGGAAGAAGCCAAAUUGUCAGGUCAGAGGAAACUUAUCUAGCCUGAUUAAUCAGUCAGAAAUGCAGCACGACGAGGAUAGUGUUAGUCUUCCUUGA